AUGCCUCCGUUUUUCAUCCCAUCAACGCCCAGGAUUGCGUGCAUUUUAUUUCCUAUGGCAAAACCAUCUAAACUACUCAACGAAAGUCCGGUGAAGUACAACGUAGGAUGGAGGCGCAUCAUGCGGAAUUUCAGUCCGUCGUGGUUUUCUGUGACUAUGGGCACUGGCAUUGUUUCGGUAUUGAUGAUAUCGGUCCCUUUCGAUACUCCAGUGCUCUAUUACUUGUCAAUUGUCUUUUCCCUACUCAAUCUCGUGUUAUUUACUUUAUCUUUCAUUAUUUCUGUGCUCCGAUACGCCUUGUAUCCUGAAAUAUGGAGUGUGAUGAUUCAAGACCCCACUAAUUCGCUCUUCUUGGCGACUAUCCCGAUGGGCUUUGCUACGCUUAUUGAGAUGUGGUUGUUCAUUUGUGUCCCAGUCUGGGGCAAAUGGGCCAAAACAGUUGCAUGGGGUUUAUGGAUGAUAGACGUGGUAGCUGCGGCUUCUGUGACUCUGUCCCUGUCCUUUAUUUUAAUAUCUCAGCGCUACAUCACCUCGCUGGAUCGGAUCACUGCCGUUCAAUUAUUGCCAAUCGCAGCAACCAUUGUGGCAGCUGGUGUUGGCGCAGAAAUUGCUAUUGUCUUACCCAACAAACAACAUGCGCUGGGAACACUCCUCGUCUCGUUCAUUCUCUGGGGUAUGGGCACUCCUCUGGCAAUUGCAAUAUUGGUAAUCUAUUUUCAGCGACUAGCAGUGCAUAAGCUCCCACCAAGAGAACUGGUUGUGAGCUGCUUUUUACCCCUAGGGCCUCUUGGUUUUGGUGGGUUUGGCAUCCUUUAUAUUGGUAAAGUAGCACGGGUUUUAUUACAAGAUUCUCAAUUCCUGGACCCUAUUGCGGGCGAGGUGGCAUAUGUCUUGGGUGUUUUCAUAUCCCUCCUCAUGUGGAGCUUCGGGUUGGUUUGGCUCGUGUUUGCCCUAGCAACUGUUCUAUAUAUCUCUCCGUUUCCUUUUAAUAUGGGUUGGUGGGGAUUUACGUUCCCGCUUGGGGUGUAUGCUGCAAACACUAUAGAAUUGGGUCUUGAAAUGGACAUCAUGUUCUUCAAAGUUCUGGGUACCGUAUGUCCAUCCCCCCGCCCCUUCCCCGUUUUCUGCUCUACAAAUAAACGAUGGGUGCUAACUCUCCAUCUAAAGGUCUUAAGUGGCGCUGUUUUGCUAUUGUGGAUGGUGGUUGCAUCACGAACUGCACACGGAGCAUGGUGCGGAACUCUGUUUCAUGCCCCAUGCUUACAAAACCUGGUAUUGAAGAAAGAGGGGGCUGAGCGAUAUGAAGAUCGGAAUCGGGCUUUUGUCUUUGUUCAUGGCCUGAACCCAAGCGGUCGAAAUGACCAUCCUUUUCAGACAUGGACGCAUAGCAAUGGCAAAUUUUGGCCGAGGGACUUCCUGGCAAAGGACAUUCCAUAUGCGCGCGUCUUUGUCUACGGAUACAAUUCAAAUAUCACCCAUCCUCAGACCAUGUCCACGGCAAGCAUUAAAGACCACGCGAAUACUCUGUUGAACUUAUUGGAUAUGGAGCGCGGCCCCCAGAUGGGCUCUGUUCCACCAAAAGUGAUAUUUAUCGGACAUAGUUUGGGGGGUUUAGUGAUUAAACAGGCACUUCUGAAUGCUAAAGAAGAUCCAAAAUAUACUUCUAUUCGCUCAGCAACUUAUGGUCUUGUCUUCUUUGGGACACCUCAUCGUGGCGCGAAGGCUGUGGAACUAGGGAAGAUCGCAGCUCGAGUUGCCCGCUUUGUUUCUAAAGGACAUGCCAGCAAUGACCUUCUAGACUGCCUAGAACACAAUUCGCUUUUUACCCGACAAAUGACUGAUCGGUUCCGACAUCAGCUAGAGGAUUAUCGUGUUGUAAGCUUCAUCGAAGGAAAAGAGGUGCAGAUAGGGGGAAUUGGACCAGCAUCUAUCAGCCAUCUUGUGGUUGAUGAAGAGUCUGCGGUUCUUGGAUUGUCCGGUUUACGUGAAACCCAACUCAAGCUUGACGCAGAUCAUUCACAGAUGUGCAAGGUAGGUUCACAGGGUCCUAUGUAUCGUUUGAUAAAAGGAAACAUCAAGCAAUUGGUCGAUCAAGCGCUUUUCUCGGAGCAAGGCUUCAUUCCACAAUCGAUGCCUCCAAGUGCCGCCUCAUCUCCACCACCAGUGCCACCACGCAUUCAUUCUAAUAGUAGCAUGCCAUACCAGGGACAGAGCCGCCCAUCUCCUUCAGUGCAAAGGGUGACGGGGGUUAUGUUCAAUGCUCUGGAUAAUGACCCACGAUCUGUUCGCUCAGCAGAACUCAAGAAUUGGGCUCGGUGGGACGAAGCCCGAACCGUCGAAUAUGAAAUCUUCCAGGAGCAUUUACGUACCCUUGGCCCGGACCAUUUUAGUACACUAUCAGUGGCAUACAACCUAGCUGAAGUGGAACUCGAGACCAACUACUUGGAGAAAGCAAAUGAAUGGUGUCAUUGGGUGUCCGAAAAUGCCCAACGUGUCUUUGGGACAAAGCACCCCCUCACAAUGAAGACGGAAAGUUUGACCGGAGAGGUCUUGUAUCAACGGGGCAAGCCUCAAGAGGCUGAGUCGGUCUGCGCCAACGUUUUGGCCCGUCAGCAGAUGACUAUCGGCGAAGACCACUUGGACACAUGUGACACGCGGCGACGAUUAGGAAUGACCUACAAUGCACUAGGUCGCCGGGAAAAUGCCGUCGCGACUGGGGAAAAGCUGACGGACACUCUAAAGCGUCUACUUGGAGAAACCCACAUUCGUGUAUUCGCCUCUGCGUUGGACACACUGGAAUAUAUCGUUAGCAACCAAUCGGGCAACACAACUACCCUAAUUGUCAUGCGCUUUCAACCUGAUGUGCAGCAAGCGGUAGAGAUGUUGUUACAGAUUUAUCAAGAGCUUCAGACUGCCUUAGGUCAUAAACAUCCGUCUACCAUUCGCGCCCUCUCUCUCCACGGUCGAGCACAAAGCUUUAUGCAGCAGAGUGUAGAGGCCUCGGAGACCCUACGCCGGGCUCUGGCGAGUGCAGAAGAAGCAUUAGGGCCUGAUCAUCCGCUGACGAUGGAUAUCGUGGGAAAUAUCGGCGUCAUGUAUGCUCUGCAAAACAGUUAUGGUCGAGGUUCAUUCACCAACAAUCGCGCUGCUGAAGCCUUCCCCUGGUUGACACGAUAUUUGAACUGGGUAGAGCAUCGCAAAGGCAAAGACAACCCCGAAACACAAGCCACAUUGGAGCUGAUGGCGAAUUUACACUUCAACGCCCAAGAGUAUGAACCUGCACAGAAGUACUAUGAGCGCCUUGUAGCGAGUAUGCGCCGGGACGACUCAGCAGCAACCGAGCGCAUCAACACUCAGCUGCAACUGUGUCGAGCGAACACCAUGUACACCCGUCGUGGCCUGGGAUCAGGGCUAGGGGGCUUUUUGUCGAACUUGCAGCGAUAUUGA